GCCACCCAAGUAACACCUUGCUCUCUACUAGCGGGCACACACGCUGAAAAGCCUCAUCCGCCGAAUGAGAAUAAGCUUGGCACACUCGCGCGCGCGAUAUAUCCCCGGAUCUCACGAUCCGCUCAAUAAAAACAAAUAACUGUGGCGAAUUCAGUUUUUUUCGAGUUACCUCGGUCUCUCGGCGAGCCGCAGAUUCUCAGUAACAGUUCCGCUGAUCUCGCUGCGGCACGGUCUCCGACGAACGAUCGCGAGAGACGACGAUUUUUCAUUUCACAUCGCUACGAUAAUUUUCCUUUUUUUUUCCCUGAAUUAAACGACGAAAGAAGCAGCCUCGUCGUCAACUCAAGUGCCGCAUUACAGUGCUCGUUAAAGCUCAAGUUCUUUCAGCUCAAACGCUACUCGUCGUCGGUUAUUUUGCUCCGACAAACAAGUGUACAUUUGACGUAAGCGUGCCUAUGUGUAUCUGUGCCUGUGGUUUAUGUGUGAGCCUCCCAUCGCGGCUGUUUCGUUGCCUCGUAUCGAGACAAGUUUUAAAAACGAGCGCAGAAUAUUAAAAACGGAGCGAAAUAAAUAAGGCGAAGAAUGAAGGUGCGAGAGGUCGAGCUGCGCCGACGAGAUUGACUGCUCGGUCUGCCGGCCGUCGGCAAACGUGUUCAGCCGGCACGUUGCCAGGGAAAGAGAGAAAAGAGACGAGGACGAAACGGAGGCCGCUCUUCCUCGCUGCCUCUUACCUUUUCCUUCUCUUUUACACAACUCGAACCCUUCGAGAGGAGUCCCUCAUGAUUUUCCGUCACUCUUUCGCCGCUCUUCGACGACUUUCGGAGCCUCUCGUUAGUCCGCUCUCGCUCCUACGUCGAGAAGGAUCCCGCGACGAUUCACCGGAUUACGGCAACACAAACUGCCCCAACGACUUUCGUGAUCAGUGAUUUACCAGCCGGAGUCCUCAGCCGCGAGUGCCAAUUUCCUUUUCCUUCGAUCUUUAACUCUGCGCCGAGUGCCGUUUUAUUCUCGAGUGUUGUUAACAGCAGUGCUCUGCUGACUCGAAUCCGGUGAUCGCGUUGAGUGAAAAAUAUCGACGCUCUUUUCACGCGUUACUUCUGACAGUUGAACCCUCUGAGAGAAUCAAUGAUCGACGAUCCCGCAAACGCGGCCGAUCCAACGCGACAAAUAAACCAGUGAAAUAUCGUGUAACCCGGAAUAAGUGUUUGUUUCGAGGAUUCGUCGAUUUGUGAUAAAUAGAUAAACGCAAGAAUCAGCAAGAUCGAUCGUAAAGUGACUAAUUACGAUAAAGACCGGUGCGAAACGUAGUCGAAAUCGCCGGCUCGCGCGACAACGAGUCGUCGAUCUGGCAGGCUGGAGGAAACAUGUCGAAUUUUCCGGGCUUAAGAUCUUCACCGAUUCGCGGUAGAAAGAUCGAGAUAUCGCUGCGCGGACAGUCGCGACAGCGUACCAAAAGAAGGUGUCUCGAGUCCUGAGAAGUCGGCGUUCAAGUUCGAGGAUGAUAACGUGAUACGUGCGCGAGGCACAUUCGAGAGAAGCAGCAAGAGAAAAGGAUUAAAUCUCGUGAGAAAUCGUCGUUUGAGUCUGAAGGAGAAUAUUAGACGGGCAAGAGCCCGCGGGCUGUUUGUUUAAGGCAGUUGAUAAUCUUGGCAAAAGUGGCAUAAGCGAAGAGGCGUAUCUCCGGUGAGACUGGAGGAAGAGACGCGAGGAGAAUUCGAGGCAAGGCGCGUGUAUUGAGUCACUCGAAGAGUAAUCUCGCGCGACUCGGUAAAAUCGCUAAAUCUCGAUGAGAUUCGAACAAGACUUGUCGUGCAGGGGUACCCACUGCGCCAGCACUCCAUUACCGGCUCCAGCAGCAGCGACAGUAGCGGAGGAGCGUGCGAGGCCGAGCAAAAGGGAGGAAGAUCAGGAGGAGGAGGUCGAGGGGGAGGAUAGUUUGUCCAAGAGGAACAACAACAGCAUAAACAUAAACAACAAUCACAGCUUUUUCAACAGCCACGGGGCGGCUUCGUCGAGGCGUUACCCCGACCUCUGCCAUCAGCUGCAUCAUCAUUAUCCGCACAAUUUGAACCAAAAUCCAGGAAACGGGGAGUCCGAGAUAAGCGAUAUCGAGGGUGCCAAAACGGGGCUGAGGGGGGUGGCGGGGGGGCCUGGGAUGGCGUACCCCGCUCCAGCAGCCGCUCUCAAUCAGCACUCGCCAUUCUCGAGCAUCAGCGCUAACAAUACCUCCGGUUCCGGUGGCACAGGCAACGGUAACAGUCACUUAGCCGGCAGUCAUUUGCCAGCUCCGGCGGCUCCUCGGCCAACUGAUUUUAGCGUAUCUUCGUUGCUCACCGCCGCAAACACGCACCCACCUCUCCUCGGUGGCUCCUCUUCUCAGGGUAGCGCCUCGCCACCCCCCGGUGGUCCUGGCAGUCCGGCAGCUGCACCAGAAACUCCACCACCUUUGAACAAUCAGCGCGAACUCUCGCAUCCCUCCUCCGCCGAAGCUGCCGCCGCUAAUUAUUUCAACGCUCUUGCCGUUGCUGGAUUUUGCAAUCCCGGCGGACAUUUGCCACCCAACAGCUCACCCAACGCUCAUCAUCUACAGGCCAAAAGCAUACUCACCAGCCCUCAUCAUCAUCCGCAGUUUAAUCUACACGGCCUCACGCCACAAGGGUUGGGACUCGGUCCUCACACGCCGGAGGAGGCGAACGCUGCCGUGCUGGCAGCAGCAGCGGCGGCACUCCACCACCAUCACCAGGGCGGGCCUGGUGGUCCGGGGAUGCGACCGUUGAGGCUUCCAUUGCCACCGGGGAUGAUGCAUUCGUCGCCAUUGCCGAUGGCGCCGCAUCAUCCCCUGGCGACGUCGCAUCAUCUCGUGCCACCUCAUCAUCCGGAGGAGGAUGGGGUGGUGGACGAUCCGAAGGUGACGUUGGAGGGUAAAGAGUUGUGGGAAAAGUUUCACAAGCUUGGAACGGAGAUGGUGAUCACGAAGAGCGGACGACGCAUGUUCCCCGCUUAUAAAGUGAGGGUGUCCGGGUUAGACAGACAGGCUAGCUACAUACUGCUCAUGGACAUCGCGGCAACGGACGAUUACCGAUAUAAGUUUCACAACAGUAGGUGGAUGGUCGCCGGUAAAGCGGACCCUGAAAUGCCCAAAAGAAUGUACAUCCAUCCGGACUCACCCAGCAGCGGCGAACAGUGGAUGCAGAAAGUCGUCAGCUUUCACAAGCUCAAACUCACCAACAACAUGAGCGACAAGCACGGCUAUGUAAGUACUACGAUAUUGAACUCGAUGCACAAAUACCAGCCGAGGUUUCAUCUCGUCAGGGCCAACGACGUUCUCAAGCUUCCCUACUCGACGUUCAGAAGUUACGUAUUCAAAGAAACGGAAUUCAUCGCAGUUACGGCCUAUCAAAACGAGAAGAUAACGCAGCUGAAGAUCGACAACAAUCCAUUCGCCAAAGGAUUCCGGGACACGGGGGCUGGCAAGCGAGAGAAAAAAAGGCAGGCGCUGUUGACCGUGUCCGGAGGUGGUUCCCGUCUGAGUUCAGGUGCGCCAGCUUCGCCGGAGAAGCGUAGAUCGUCGAAUUCGGUGAACGACAUGAUGGACGACGAGGACAAGCUGCUGGACGUGGUUGGUCCGGACACGCCGCAUCCGGCGCAUCGGGACGACAGGAUGAGCGAGCGGGGCGAAGGGAGCGAGUCUUCGGGCUCGGAGAGCGGCGGGAUAUCGGCGGGUCCUCCGGGCUCGGAGGGGCCGAGGCCGGACGUAUCGGUGGGACCUCCGGUGCUGCAUCCGCCGUUGUUACCAUAUUUUUAUCCGUCCGUGCCUGGAUUGUAUUCGGGUCCGGGUCCGCUGAUACCGCCGAGCCCGUUGGGCUUGCACGCCGGGGUGCCGGGGAUGAUCCUGAACGCGCAGCUCGCGUUGGCCGCGUCCCAGCAUCCGGCGCUGUUCGCUCACUAUCCCCAUCCGCUUUCGAGUCCGUUGCAUCAGCUGAAGGGACACCGGUUCGCGCCUUACAGCCUGCCGGCGCCGUCGCACGGCUCGGCCUUCGAGACGGUCACCCCGGGAAGUCGGACGCUCAGUCCAAGGUCGCCCCCUCCGAGGCCGCCGACUGGUUCGCCGACGCCGAUCGGCGGAGCCCUCAACUCGAGCAGCGGCGCUCCGGUGAACGCCUCCUCGACCGGCGAGCUCAAAUCGAUCGAGAACAUGGUCAACGGCCUCCAGGAAAGGCGCGGCAUCAAGAGGAGAAGAAGCCCCAGCUUGACCCCCGCUCAUAGAAACAACGAGGCCGAUGCUGGCGGCGUGAGUCCGUGACAGGAGAACGAGCCCGUAACCAGCACCAAGGAGGAUCCCGAAGACGAGGAUCUCGAUGUGACCACCGACGAGGAGUCGCUCAUCGACGAACGCGAGUUCGUUCCGGACUCGACCUCCGAACCGUCGUAGCCGAAGGCCUGCCACCAGACCCCAUCUUUGGGAGCGCGUACCGAACAGUAGCGACAACGAGACAACAGAGAAACCAUUUCUCAUGAGAACGAAGCUGGAAGAGUCUCGACAAACGAAACCUUCCACCAACACUUGCGCGUUAAACCAAAAUGGCGUUUGCGAGCUUUACCAAAAUGGCGAACGAGCUCGCUCGUUGACCUCGGUGGCGUUAACGAAAACGGCGUCAACGCUCACCAAGUUUUCCGCUCGGGUGGGCGCAGACCCGUCGCUCCGAGAUUUGAAAAAUCCGGCCGACGGUCCCGCCCUGAGCGCAUUUCUCCUGGAGCGACUCGUGAAAACCGGGCGCCCCCGACGCGCCCGAACUACAAAGUGCAAUUUAAAAAAUUACUCAAAACAAUUGAGACGGACGAAACGUAAAAGCGGUUCGAACGACGCGAGACAGCGAACGAUCGAUCAUUUUAAAUCUCCAAAUUAAACGUGCGUGUAAAUAGAUAAUUGUGCGCGUGGUUUUAACGAAUCAGAGUUCAAAAUGCGAGCAUAAAGUCGAUUGUUUCGACAGGGGGGAACGAUGACGCGAUGUGCCCAUUCGGAUUUUCGAGCGGCCGAGAUCCUUCGCUCCGUCCACAGCGACCAAAAUCGGUAAGAGCGAAUAAGUCACCAACAAAACUUGAAGAAAAAGCGACGAAAAAUUAAAACCACGAGAAAAACUGGAUUAUUCUCACGAAGCUACGAAGAAAAAUUCAUGGAAUAAGUGUCGGUGCAUCCCCUUCCCCUGUAAAUUGCACGAGUAUUACUCCAACGAUGAAUACAGUGAUAAAGUGGCCACAGAUAUAUCGAGCUGAGAGCCUCACUGUUUUACUUUUUCUUUUUCUUUCGCCUACGACGUAUUUUAACGCUUUACGAUGAAACAACAAAACAAAUGAAACAACAACUCUAUUUCAGCAUAAUUUUCAUCAAUGAAACAUUGCAAUAUACUCCGAAACCAAGGAAAAAAAAAAAAAAAAAAAAAAAAAACAAACGGAAGCAGCACUUCUUUGCUUUUAAUCGUCGUUUCCCUGGUCCCAGUGGCCCAUUUUUUCUCCAGGACCCUGAAAACUGUAAAUAUGUACCCUACUCAUAAAUGAUAUUAAUAUUAUUAUCAUAUAAAUAUUGUGUAUAUACAUAUAUAUCGAUUAAUAUAUAUGUAUAUUCAUAAUAAUAUAUAUAAAUAUAUACAUACUUAUAAAUACAAGUAUCCUCCCCCUUCUGUAUUAAUUAUUGACUAUAUUAAUUAUAAUAAUUGAUUAUUAGAGUCGUGAGAGUGAGAGAGUGAGAGAUUAAGAAUGAGAGUCGAGGAAGAAAUGGAGUGGUGAAUGAAAAACAAGCUUCUCGUAGCCCCUCCGAGGGCGUUUGUUCUCCGUGAGUCAUUAGGGGAUGAAAAUAUAUGGAAAGAGAAGUAAAAAAGGAAAAGUGAAGGAAACUGAUUAUUCGGAUGGUUUAGACGACGAGAACGACGAGACUGGCGAAUCUGCAAGGAUUUCGUUUCGAUCGAGUAUUUUUCGUCCAAAGUAUGUUAAGUAUGAAGAAAGUGAGGAUUGGGAAGAAGGGGGGAAGACAAGAAAGGAAGGAACGAAUGAGAAUCGUAGCACGCUCGCGUCGGACGCUGCUCUCUUUUUAUUUAACUUCGUAUUAUCGUCGAUCGACAACGUGACACUAAAUUAUUAAAUUAUUUAAAGGAGUAAAAAUCGAGUUUUAUUAUUUUUUAUUAUUGUUUUAUUCCUGUUUAUUUUUUGUUCAGAGCCUCGAUUUUUGUGAUAAGAAUUGUUACGAUUGAUCGCAAUAUUAUUGUAAAGUUUUAACUUUCGCUCACUUUUUUUUCUCAACUCUCUCACUCGUUUCCUUCCCGUGAUACGAAAUCCUCUCUCUUCUCUUUAAACAAGGGAAAUCUCCCGGUACUCCUUCCUGCUACGAAUCACGUUUUCUUCAACAUUUUUGUCCUCGCUAUACUUCGAUACCUCGAGAGAGAUAAGAAAACUCAUGAAUUUCUCAUUUUGUUCCUGUUUUUGUUUCUGAUUUUGGCUCGUUGAACGAGCUCGGGGCUCGGCACAUUCGCGACACUUGGACGAAUUUCACUCUCUCAAUUAUCGAAAUGCCGAAGCUCCUUUGACCACGUGACAAAAUGGAAUGGUAUGAUGAGAUUUAUGGUUAAAAUCGAUUUUAACGAAUUGUAUAAACCGUAGAAAUUUAUGUAGAUAAAUAUUAGCGAUUUAAUACGGAGAAUCUCGAAGAUGAAAGUUUUUUUCAAACUGUCAGGGGAACAAAAAUUAUUGUCAAACCAUUUUUGUCUCGCUGGAGUCUUUUUGACUGGAGGAAACGAGCCAACGGCGUGACUGUCACAUUAUACGGCUACCGAGUCAUUUCGGAAACAUCGGCGAGGGCUCCUUUGAAAAAUUGGAACAAAAAGUUAUCCCAAAAACUCGAAAUUUCAACAUUUUUUCCGCCUCUUUUUCGAGGCUGUCGACUCGUUUUUUAUGGCAAAUUUUGCACUCUCUUUUUCAUGAAAUUGGAGGAAGGAGCCCUCGUGGAAUCGCGGGAAAAAAUUUCGACAAAUGUGAGAAAAAUAUUGAUCGAAAUUCGCGGAGAAUCGAGAGCGUCCCGGGGACGUGGCGGUUCGUUAUCCGCGUUACUGGGACGCGAAAAUUUUUGCUCAACUCGUCGAGUGUGUGUAUGUGAAGAGUAGAAAAAAAAUGAUGAAUCAGGGAAGCCUCGACCUCGAGCUCUCGAUGAACCGACGCGAAAAGCGAAACAGUCCCGUCGUUCUGCGAAUUAAUCAGUCCGUCGAGAAAAUAGUAAUUGAAGAGAAAAUACGUGAAAAUUAUUUCGAAUAAAAACGAGACCGAUAUAUGACGAGAAGCAGAAAGCAAUAAACGGCCCUGGGCGGCCUUAUCAUUUCCGUGAAUUAUAAUUCCUCCUGCGUACGGCUUGUAUUGUAUAUUGUACUACACACCCCCUGAGAAAAUCUUGACUCCUUCGAAUCCCCGUUUCCUCUCAAUCCACGAGUCCUCGAGAAGAAAAAAAAAAUACGAAAAGAAGAAAAAUCGAAAUCACCCUUUGAAGAAAA